CGGGUUGUCCUCGGUCCGAGUGAUCCCUGAUCGCUUCCUGCGCCCUCCCGCCUUCGGCACUGGGGUCCCCGCGUCCCCCGGGCCUCCAGUCGGGAAAGCGCGGGGGCUUUGCGGGGCCUCGAGCGCCUGGCGUGGGAGGUGGUCGAGCCCAGCCACCCUCCCCCGCGGCGGCGCGAGGUGGGCUUCGUUUGGCCGAGUCUCGCAGCUCCCCGCAGACCCCGCUCGUGGCAGCCACGGUGUCAGGGGCCUGAGCAAGGCGAGCUCCAGCUGCGGCCUUUUCUUCAGGCCUGGGUCCACUCCCGUGGCCCUGACUCCUCCUCCUGCGAAAUCACCUCCUUCUAGAGCCUUUUCUCUUUCUAUUUAUGGCCCUGGAAGGCCUAGGAUAAGUGACAAUGGAGGAAAGAACGGUGCCUUGGGUGGGGUAGGCUGUUUGUCUUCUCUAAAUUCUGGUUGCUAUUCCGGGCAUUCCUACUGUCAGGAGCCAGGUGGGGGGGAUCAGCCUACCUGUGCCGGUGACCUGGGGCUUCCACCCACAAACCACUUUCUGGGCCAGAAGCUGCCAUACGAAGACUCUUUUUCCCAUUCCGACCUCCCGGGGGAAUGCCUGGGCAGGUAGAGGGUCUGGGGUCAUUGGCUUAAUUGAGGUGAACGAUUUAUAUCAGAUUACAUCCCUGUGCCUGGUUCCAUCCUGGCGACAGGUCUCUCGGCCAGAACACGUGGAUGCCCACCCACCACUGAGCCUCAUGGUAGGAAGCUUGACUGCCUCCUUCCCCUCGCAUGUCCUGUGAAGGCCCACCUCCUGCUCUGCCCACUGGCCCUGGGCCCAGACCCUACCUUGGCCCUUGCUGGGCUUAGGAAGGCCCCCUUGCCCCCAACCCCAAGGUAGUGAGCAAACCCCUGCCCAAACCGGGGCCUAAUUGAGGCUCUUGAGGGGGGACGGUUGUAUGACCACCAUGGACUGGGUUCCUUCCUCCUCCCCGAGACUGCCCCUCCCCAGAAUAUUAGAGGCAGGGGAGUCCUGGUGAGCGUCUCGCCCAACCCCAUGGGGCAGCUGCCUGAGACAUGUCAUGAGGCAGCGCCAGAAGGGGGCUGGCACCCAGGGAUUCCUGGGGUGCUGGUGUGUGUCCUUUCAGGAGGUGGUAACAUUUGGCGAUGUGGCUGUGCACUUCUCUCGGGAGGAGUGGCAGUGUCUGGACCCUGGCCAGAGGGCCCUCUACAGGGAAGUGAUGCUGGAGAACCACAGCAGUGUGGCUGGACUAGCAGGAUUCCUGGUUUUCAAGCCUGAGCUGAUCUCUCGGCUGGAGCAGGGAGAAGAGCCAUGGGUCCUCGACCUGCAGGGAGCAGAGGGGACAGAGGCACCAAGGACCUCCAAGACAGAUUCUACGAUUAGGACUGAAAAUGAGCAGGCCUGUGAGGACAUGGACAUCCUAAAAUCAGAAUCCUAUGGGACAGUGGUCAGAAUCUCCCCAAAGGACUUUCCUCAGAAUCCUGGCUUUGGAGACGUUUCUGAUUCUGAGGUCUGGUUAGACAGUCAUCUGGGCAGUCCUGGGCUGAAAGUGACAGGCUUUACCUUCCAAAAUAACUGUUUGAAUGAGGAGACUGUGGUUCCCAAGACCUACACCAAGGACGCAGCCCAGGGAUGUAAGGAGCUGGGAAGCAGCGGCCUGGAUUGUCAGCCUCUUGAAAGUCAGAGAGAGAGUGCGGAAGGGAUGUCCCAGAGAUGCGAGGUGUGUGGCAAAGGCAUCAGAGCCACUUCAGACACCGCUCUGCAUUGGGAAAUUAAUACACAGAAAAUUAGCAGAUGUCAAGAAUGCCAAAAAAAGUUAUCUGACUGCUUGCAGGGGAAACGUCCAAAUAACUGCCAUGGAGAGAAGCCGUACGAAUGUGCAGAGUGUGGGAAAGUCUUCAGGCUCUGCUCGCAGCUUAAUCAGCAUCAGAGAAUCCACACGGGAGAGAAACCCUUUAAAUGCACUGAGUGUGGAAAAGCCUUCCGCCUGAGCUCAAAACUUAUUCAGCAUCAAAGAAUCCACACUGGGGAGAAGCCCUACAGAUGUGAGGAAUGUGGAAAAGCUUUUGGUCAGAGCUCAAGCCUCAUCCACCAUCAGAGAAUCCACACAGGAGAGAGGCCCUAUGGUUGUCGUGAGUGUGGGAAAGCCUUCAGCCAGCAGUCGCAGCUGGUUAGACACCAGAGAACUCACACUGGGGAGAGGCCCUACCCUUGCAAGGAGUGUGGGAAGGCCUUCAGCCAGAGCUCCACCCUAGCCCAGCAUCAAAGGAUGCAUACUGGGGAGAAAGCUCAAAUUCUAAAAGCCUCAGACAGUCCAAGCCUUGUUGCACAUCAGAGAAUUCACGCUGUAGAGAAACCAUUUAAGUGUGAUGAGUGUGGGAAAGCUUUUAGGUGGAUCUCUCGCCUGAGUCAGCAUCAGCUGAUUCACACUGGAGAGAAGCCUUAUAAAUGCAACAAGUGUACAAAAGCCUUUGGUUGUAGUUCACGGCUUAUUCGCCAUCAGAGAACUCACACUGGAGAAAAACCAUUUAAAUGUGAUGAGUGUGGCAAAGGCUUUGUUCAGGGCUCACACCUUAUUCAGCAUCAGCGAAUCCACACUGGAGAGAAACCCUAUGUGUGUAAUGACUGUGGAAAAGCCUUCAGUCAGAGUUCCAGCCUUAUUUACCAUCAGAGAAUCCAUAAAGGAGAGAAGCCCUACGAAUGCCUCCAAUGCGGAAAAGCUUUCAGCAUGAGCACACAGCUUACAAUACAUCAAAGGGUUCACACCGGAGAGAGGCCCUAUAAAUGUAGUGAAUGUGGGAAAGCCUUCAGUCAAAACUCAACCCUUUUCCAACACCAGAUAAUUCAUGCAGGGGUGAAGCCCUAUGAGUGCAGUGAGUGUGGAAAAGCCUUCAGCCGGAGCUCAUAUCUUAUUGAACACCAGAGAAUACACACUAGGGCCCAGUGGUUUUACGAAUAUGGGAAUGCCCUGGAAGGGUCCACCUUUGUGAGCCGUAAAAAGGUUAAUACUAUAAAGAAACUGCAUCAGUGUGAAGACUGUGAGAAAAUAUUUAGGUGGCGUUCACACCUAAUUAUACACCAGAGAAUUCACACCGGGGAGAAGCCUUAUAAAUGCAAUGACUGUGGCAAAGCUUUUAAUCGUAGCUCAAGGCUUACCCAGCAUCAAAAAAUUCACACGGGAUAGACCACUUACAUAUAAAUGUGUAUAUAUGUGAAUAAACCUACAGCCUUAACUUA